AUGGACUUACAAUUCUUUAUGUGUACGUCCACGCAGCUUCUUUUCUUGAAAAUCUUUGAGCCGUAUCAGCUGAGCAUGGUACUAAAACGGGAAAUGGUCAGCAGUAAUGCUUGCACAGUAGAGGUGGAGAAACAUCGAUGCGAACAUCAAUGACAUCGAUGUCUUCGAAACAUCGGCAACAUCGAUGCUUAGCGGGGCAAAAUAGAUGUUUUUCCAUCUCUAAGGCACAUAGAGGAAGACAGUCGAAUUGUAAGUACAUACAUAUAUCAUUUAAUCUCAUUAUAAAUUAUUAACAGAAUAUUGUUAUUUUAGUUAUACUUGUUGGUGGUGUUAGCGUGAGUGUGGUGGUACUUAAACAUGGACAGGUUUAUGAAAAGAACAGCAAGCGAACAGCCAAAGCCUGAUGAGGAUCAAAAGAAGAGGAGGCGUGAUGUUUCUAUAGCUUGGAAUCAUUUUAAAAGAAACAGCGAAAAAACGCAUGGGAUACGCAAUUACUGUGGUAAGCCAAUAAAGACGUGUGGAAACACAACAAAUCUAAUGGACCACUUAAAGCACGUUCAUGCUGAUCGGCUUAAAGUAGGGGGAACUGCACAGAAAUCAAACAUGUUAGAAAAGUUUGUUGGAAAAUCGGUUUCCUUUUAUGAAAAUGACUCGAAACGAAAACGUCUCUUAGACAGUAAGGUCAUGAACAUGAUUGCUGUCGAUGUUCAACCUUUUUCUUGUGUUGAUGACGACGGAUUUAAAGAGCUCAUGAAAGAAAUGGACCCCCGCUACGACGUAGUGCUUCCAUCUCAAUAUGAGUCUCUUAAGAAUAAACUUCAGUCUGUACUUAACGAUAUUGAUUUUGUAGCCAUAACGACUGACUUGUGGACAUCCAAAGCAAACGAAGGUUACAUUACAGUUACGUGCCAUUUUGUUUUAAAUAGUUUUACGUUGGAGUCGGCAAUUUUAGCAACAAGGCAACUUCUUGACACUACCAAUCACAAUGCUUUCAGAAAUAUUAGAAACACUAAAUGGCGUGCUCGAUGAUUGGGGUGUUACGAAUAAGGUUGUUUGUGUUGUGACUGACAAUGAUGCGACGAUGCUAAAAGCAUGUGAGUUGCUUGAGUAUAAGCACUUGCCUUGUGUAGCGCACACAAUCAACCUUAUUGGGCAAGAUAUUCUAAAAUUGCCCGAUUUCGACGUAAUUCUUACAAAAUGUAAGUCGGUAGUUGGCUUUUUUAAGAGAAGCCAGAUCGCAUAUUCGAAAUUUAAGGAAGCUCAGGGGGACAAUCCGCAUUCUCUCCUGCAAGAAAUGCCAACUCGCUGGAACAGCGCAUACGAAAUGAUUAAGCGCAUACUGAAGACAAACGAAUUUAUUACAUUGGCUUUGGUAUCUUCUCGUGGCGCUCUAUUGCCGUUUUCAGCAGCAGAAGUGGAUAUUUUAAAUGAUAUAUCCGAGUUGCUAUCCCCCUUCGUAGAGGCGACGCUUUCUGUGUCUACAAACACAAAAGUAUCAGCGUC